AUGGACAUAGAGGGGUUAGCGACUCAGAAGACAGGGCUAGUAAGCCACGAGGGGGACUUCCUCAGGAUCGCUAACGAGUAUUUUACUCCUUAUUAUCAGCCACUGAUACGUUGGGUCGACCGAUUACGGAAAGUUGUCUUUCCAAAUCGUGGAAGGUGGGAGAGAGAGGACACAGGGCCAUAUUUUCAGAUGCGGCAGAUCCUUCAAGAAGCCCAAAUGGAUCCGGCUAUCUAA